CCAACUUACUCAAACCCAAACCAAAAUCCAAACUCAAACCCAAUUACCCAAAAACCCAAAGCCAACCAACUACCCAAGCCCAAAAUCCCAAAACCAAAAACUUGCCCAAAACUCAUUUAACCCAAACCCAAAAACCCACAAAAACUCAAAGCCCAAAAACCCAAGCCCACCAUUACCCAAAACCCAAAACUCAAAACCCAAAAGACCCAAAACCCCAAUUAAAAACAAAACAAAAAAAUGAAAAAAAAAAAAAAACAAAAAAGGUCUUCCCCUCCCUGCAACCCAGAUCCCCUUCGCUCUGCUCCCGCUGGCCUGCAUCGAGAAUGCGCCCCGGCUUGCUGUGCCGAUCCUGCUCCUGCACGCUUCUGCUGCCCCUUGCUUGCUACGCGUCGAGCCCAGACCCCUAGCCCUGCUGCCUGCGCCGCUGCUGUUGCACCCGAGCUUGCAGCUGCCUACGCCCUCUGUUGCGCUCCCCGCCAGCCAUCACCAGCCUUGCUCUGCACCAAUCCUGCUCUCUAUGCCCAGAUCGCCUGCACUCUGUGCCCAAAUCACCUGCAAUCAUACACCCCUACAUGCCUGAUCCCAUUUCCAGCAAUCAUACCUCCCUUGCACACCGAGCUAGCCCCCCCUCUACUGCACCGAGCCCUGCCUUUGCCACCUGCGCCCCUACUGCUACGCCUCCUGCACUCUGCGCCCAAUCCUGCGCCCCUGCCUCCUGCACGCUACAGCCAUACAGAAAAAACAGCAAUACCAGACAAAAUUGGUAUAUUAGUGAUUGACGGAGCAAGACUUUUCUUUAUUUAUUUCAUUUUUUUAAUUUUAUUUUGUUGUUUGGGGUAUAUAUAUAGAGUAGAAAGCAGAGGUCUGGGGGGUUCUUUUGAAUUGAUUAUGGAGUUUGAUUGUGGGGGAUUUUUGGUUGAUUUUGGGUCUGGUCUUGGGAGUCUCCUGAGUUUUCAAAGAGCAGUAGAAGGAGAUUUCGUGGAGAAGAAAGGGGGUAACAACGGCGGUUGAGAGGAAGGAAUUUCUGUUUUGGGGCAACGGUUGAAAGGAGGAUCGUUGAGUUCCCAGUGAAAGCACAUUUUUUGGGUUAAUCCCUCUUAGGUAAUUUUUCUUAUUAGAGAAAGUUUUGAGAAGAGCAGUGAGGGAGAUGGUUGGAGCUUGAUACCGUGGGUGGAAUUCCUCCUUCCUAUUCCGAUCUGUUCUCUCCGAAAAAACUUUUGCCUUGUUUGUUACAAUUUUUCUUAGAUUUCGAUGUAGUAGGACUGUAUUUGAUAAUGAUAUUAUGAAUGAAAAAAUCAAACAUUU